GAAGCCGCUGUGACGCUCAGUCAGGUCCAGUCUCAGGUGGAGAAGAGACCCGAAGACAUCCGCCAACAUCACACCCAUCCAACCUGAAAGACAGCAAACGGUGCAAAAAGGAGGUCGGUGCAUCCUGAGCAGUCAUGUCAGCCAAGGCCAUCUCCGAGCAGACGGGGAAAGAGUUCCUCUACAAGCACAUCUGCUCAUCGGCAGUGGUCCAGAACAAGUUCCGCUACGCCAACGUGACAGCCGAGACCGACUUUGAGAGGCUGACGCAGGAGCACCCAUGGCUGCUCACGGAGAGGCUGGUGGUGAAGCCGGACCAGCUGAUCAAGAGGCGGGGGAAGCUCGGUCUGGUGGGCGUCAACCUGGACUUUACAGGCGUCAAAGAGUGGCUGAAGCCCCGCCUCAUGAGGGAGGUGACGGUGGGAAAAGCCAAAGGUGUCCUCAAGAACUUCCUCAUCGAGCCAUUUGUCCCUCAUAAGCAGGCGGAGGAGUUCUACGUGUGCAUCUACGCCGCUCGUGAGGGGGACUACGUGCUGUUUCAUCACGAGGGCGGGGUGGACGUCGGCGACGUGGACGCCAAGGCACAGAAGCUGCUGAUAGCAGUGGAUACAAAGAUCAGUGAAGACCAGGUGAAGAAAGAACUGCUGAGCAAGGCCCCCAACGAAAAGAGAGCGGCUCUUGCCGGCUUCAUUGUUGGACUCUUCAACCUGUAUGAGGACCUUUUCUUCACAUACCUGGAGAUCAACCCUCUGGUGGUCACAAAGGAUGGAGUUUACGUGCUGGACAUGGCAGCAAAGAUUGAUGCGACAGCUGACUACAUCUGCAAAUCCAAGUGGGGUGAUGUGGAGUUCCCACCCCCCUUCGGCAGGGAGGCCUAUCCGGAGGAAGCUUACAUCGCCGACCUCGAUGCCAAGAGUGGCGCCAGCCUCAAACUGACUCUGCUCAAUCCUCGGGGCAGGAUCUGGACCAUGGUGGCCGGAGGGGGGGCCUCGGUGGUCUACAGCGACACGAUCUGUGACCUGGGUGGGGUCAACGAGCUGGCCAAUUACGGGGAGUAUUCGGGAGCCCCGAGUGAGCAGCAGACGUACGACUACGCCAAGACCAUCCUGUCUCUGAUGACCAGAGAGAAACACCCCGACGGAAAGGUCUUGAUCAUCGGAGGGAGCAUAGCAAACUUCACAAAUGUUGCAGCAACAUUUAAGGGGAUUGUGCGAGCCAUCAGAGACUAUCAGGUGCCGCUGAAGGAGCAUGAGGUCACCAUCUUUGUCCGCCGCGGUGGCCCCAACUACCAGGAGGGUCUCAGAGUGAUGGGAGAAGUCGGAAAGACCACUGGAAUCCCGAUUCACGUCUUUGGCACGGAGACCCACAUGACCGCCAUUGUUGGCAUGGCGCUGGGCCACAGGCCCAUUCCCAACCAGCCUCCUGUGGCUGCCCACACGGCCAACUUCCUCCUCAACUCCAGCAGCAACGCAUCGACCCCCACAUCAAGGAGAAAAGCCCCUUUAUCUCAACAAGCUGCCAGGGUUGAGGGUUCACCAGCGAAGAGGGUUAAAAGUGGAACUUCUGCCGCAAAGGCAGCCACCCUCUUCACCAAACAGACGAAGGCCCUGGUGUGGGGUAUGCAGACGCGGGCCGUGCAGGGCAUGCUGGACUUUGACUAUGUUUGCUCCAGGGACGAGCCAUCAGUUUCAGGCAUGAUCUACCCGUUCACUGGAGACCACAAACAGAAGUUUUACUGGGGACACAAAGAGAUCCUGAUACCCGUUCAUAAGAACAUGGGCGACGCCAUGAAGAAGCAUCCGGAUGUGGACGUGCUCAUCAACUUCGCCUCCUUGCGUUCAGCCUUUGAAAGCACCAUGGAGACCAUGCAGUACCCUCAGAUUCACACCAUUGCCAUCAUUGCUGAGGGAAUCCCUGAAGCACAUACGAGGAAGAUCAUUAAAGCAGCAGAUGAAAAAGGGGUGACCAUCAUCGGCCCAGCGACUGUCGGAGGAAUCAAGCCGGACUGCUUCAAGAUCGGGAACACGGGAGGCAUGCUGGAUAACAUCCUCGCCUCCAAGCUCUACCGCUCCGGCAGCGCGGCCUACGUGUCCCGCUCAGGCGGCAUGUCCAAUGAAAUUAACAACAUAAUCUCCCGCACCACGGACGGCGUCUUCGAAGGCGUGGCCAUCGGUGGGGACAGGUACCCAGGCUCUGUGUUCACCGAUCAUGUGCUGCGUUACCAAGACACUCCAGGAGUGAAGAUGAUUGUCGUACUGGGGGAGAUCGGCGGCACGGAAGAGUACAAGAUCUGCGAGGGUAUUAAGAAGGGCAGAAUCACCAAGCCGGUGGUGUGCUGGUGUAUCGGCACCUGCGCCACCAUGUUCUCCUCAGAGGUCCAGUUUGGCCAUGCAGGAGCUUGUGCCAACCAGGCCUCUGAAACAGCGGUGGCCAAGAAUACAGCGUUGAAGGCGGCCGGGGCAUUUGUCCCCAAGAGCUUCGACGAGCUGGGAGACGUCAUCAAAUCUGUCUAUGACGACCUUGUUGCCAAAGGAGUCAUCCAGCCGGCUGAAGAGGUUCCUCCUCCCACCGUACCCAUGGACUACUCCUGGGCACGCGAACUGGGUCUCAUCCGGAAACCAGCAUCUUUUAUGACCAGUAUCUGUGACGAGAGAGGCCAGGAGCUCAUCUACGCCGGCAUGCCCAUCACUGAGGUCUUCAAGGCAGAAAUAGGCCUGGGAGGAACCCUGGGGCUGCUCUGGUUCCAACGGAGGUUGCCGAGGUACGCCUGCCAGUUCAUCGAGAUGUGCCUGAUGGUGACAGCAGAUCACGGCCCUGCUGUUUCUGGUGCACACAACACUAUCGUCUGUGCCCGAGCUGGCAAGGACCUGAUUUCCAGUCUCACUUCUGGCCUCCUAACCAUCGGGGACCGCUUUGGAGGCGCCUUGGAUGCUGCGGCAAAGCAGUUCAGCAAGGCGUUCGAUAGCGGCAUCCUGCCCAUGGAGUUCGUCAAUAAGAUGAAGAAGGAUGGAAAGCUGAUCAUGGGAAUUGGACACAGAGUCAAGUCGAUCAACAAUCCUGACAUGAGAGUCCAGAUCCUGAAGGACUUUGUGAAGCAGAACUUCUCUUCCUCACAGCUGCUGGACUAUGCUCUGGAAGUAGAAAAGAUCACCACCUCUAAAAAACCCAACCUGAUCCUGAACGUGGAUGGCCUCAUCGGUGUUGCCUUUGUGGACUUGCUCAGGACGUGUGGUGGCUUUACACGGGAUGAGGCUGACGAGUUUGUAGAAAUUGGCGCCCUGAACGGCGUCUUUGUCUUAGGACGCAGCAUGGGUUUCAUUGGUCACUACCUGGACCAGAAGAGGCUGAAGCAGGGUCUCUACCGCCACCCCUGGGAUGACAUCUCCUACGUACUCCCGGAGCACAUGUCUAUGUAACCGCAGACACCAGACCGUGUAGUGCCAACCAUCAGCCCCCCCGCCCCCCGUCCAUACUGUGACCUGCCACUUUAUAAACCAGUGGCAUAAUAAAGGGAAUAUGUUACAAUAAAUAUCUGUAAAUGGUAGAUAUGGAAAAGAACUUGAAGAGUCUUGUUGUUAAUUUGUGAAACCUGUCAGUGCUGCAGUUUUGUGUAUAGUAGUAAAACCCGCUCAACUGAGAUGGCCGAGGGUCUUUCACUGUGUUAACAAGGGUCACAGGGAAGUCAUGUAUUUAAGCGCGGGAGCUGCAAGUAGAUCAUUUUAACCGUCGACUAAAACUAGCAAACAUGACUAACGGAGGGUACUCAUUUAGCUCCAAAUAAAACAUUACCGUAGUGACCAAGCAUGUGUGUCUGUAUCACAGGCUGUUCUGUCUCCUGUGCAGCUCUCCUGUGCCGUGUGCACAUCAUGACGUGAUAUGUAGUGCAUAACCAUUAAAAUCAGAACGUACUGUUCAAGAACGUUACUGGUUUUGGUUUUCCUUGUAACGCUUCUGACGCUGUGACAAAAGUGACAAAAGCCCCCCUUUUAGAACUUUUUUAUGUCAAAAAGUUCUAAAAGUGCUUCAACUGGAAGUCGUAAGAUCAAAAAUGAAUGUCCCUGCAGAAAAUAUGGUUUUCUUUCCUCAUUUAUCUAAUUUGGUUAUACGUUAAGCUAAUAAAAAAUAGUUUUAUGUAGUUAAAAUAAGCUGAAUUAGGGGCACUUUUAAUUAUUUAGAAAUUAUUAAUAUAGUGUUUUUAUUACAAUUAUUCAGUGUUUGUUUUUUUAACUGUUGAGCUUUAAGAUAAUUUCAUGUUUGUUUUCUGUCUCAUUCAGCAAACUGAUCUCUUGUUCAAAAACCUUCAUGGAUGUGAUCUGCUCUUCAUUUAUUUAACUGUUAAAUUGCAAGAAAGUACGUGGAAGGUUUAAACAGUGCCAUCUUGUCUUGUGAAGUUUACAAAGUUGAUCAUUUUGUGAAAAAAAAAACAUGAGGUUCAUC